CGGCUGGCAGGAGCCGCACAGAGGCUGGCCCGAGCGCGUUGCGGGCGCCGGGCGUAGGGGGAGUCGGGUAGCAGCAUCCUCCUGGGCGCCGCUUUCGCGCGGCGGUGGCGGCGGCGGCGGGGUCUUUCUCUGCUUACAUACCUCGCUGGCCAGGAGCUGCUGGGUCCUUUGGGCCAGUCGGAGGCUGCAGAGCGGCGGGGGUUGCCUGUGCUGCCUGCCCGGGCAUCCUCCGGCUGAUGGAAGCAGCCGCUGCCGCCGCCGCUGCGGGAUUGCGCUGUGCCGGGUCCACCGCCGCUGGAGAGAUGGGAAAAUUCGUCCCGUGGAGGCCAAAAGCAAGAAGGGUUACGCCGCUAUGCCGGGAGCUGGGUCCCCUAUGAGCCGCCCCCAGCCAGCUUCGUUCUCCUGAGCGAGGCAGGAAGCUGCGGUCCCAAGAGAGCGGAGGAGACGUCGCUGGAGCCGGGUCGCGCUGGGUUCGGUGGAGCGCGGUGCAGGGCUCCGGGCUGGGGGAAAGUUUUUCUUCCAGAGCUGCAGGGCACCCGCUGCCGGGAAACUCUGCUCAGGGAUAAGUCGGCUGAGUCUCACGGCCCCGCAAAGGCGCGGGGACCCCCAGCGAAAGCGAGAGAGGGCGAAAUCGAGGGACGAGUGACAGCCUGACAGUCUGCGGGGCGGUGAUCCAGUGCCGCUGGCUCCAGGUCCUUCCCGGAGCCGCUGCCAUGGGAGAGUCAGCUUUGGGCGCUGGGGACCAGCCGCCGCGCCCGCCUCGGAGUCGCGGCCCGAGUCCCGGCGCCCGCAGCCAGUCCUCUACGUCCCCUUCCCGGGCUGCGGGGCUGCCUCCGCCGCGCUGCCGGCCCGGAUUGUGCCUGUGAUGAGCCGCAGCGUGCCGCGAGCUCUGCCCCCAGGCGCGCUCCCCCAGCUGCUCCAGGCUGCGCCUGCAGCUGCGCCGCGUGCCCUGCUCCCGCAGUGGCCCCGGCGCCCAGGACGCCGCUGGCCCGCGUCCCCUCUCGGAAUGAAGGUGUUCCGCAGGAAGGCGCUGGUGCUGUGUGCGGGCUAUGCACUGCUGCUGGUGCUCACCAUGCUCAACCUCCUGGACUACAAGUGGCACAAGGAGCCGCUGCAGCAGUGCAACCCCGACGGGCCUCUGGGUGCCGCAGCGGGGGCAGCUGGAGGCAGCUGGGGGCGCCCGGGACCGCCUCCGGCUGUUCUGCCCCGCACUCAUACCCACUUGGACCUCCGCACUCCUUACCGCCCUCCUGCUGCCGCCGUCGGGGCCGCUCCUGCAGCUGCAGGAGGGAUGGCAGGGGUUGCAGGUCCUCCGGGCAAUGGCACUCGGGGCACCGGGGGCGUCGGGGACAAGCGGCAGCUGGUGUACGUGUUCACCACGUGGCGCUCGGGUUCGUCGUUCUUUGGCGAGCUGUUCAACCAGAAUCCCGAGGUGUUCUUUCUCUACGAGCCAGUGUGGCAUGUAUGGCAAAAACUAUAUCCAGGAGACGCUGUUUCCCUGCAGGGGGCAGCGCGGGACAUGCUGAGCGCUCUGUAUCGCUGCGACCUCUCUGUCUUCCAGCUGUAUAGCCCCGCGGGCAGCGGGGGGCGCAACCUCACCACGCUGGGCAUCUUUGGCGCAGCCACCAACAAGGUGGUGUGCUCGUCGCCACUCUGCCCCGCCUACCGCAAGGAGGUCGUGGGGUUGGUGGACGACCGCGUGUGCAAGAAGUGCCCGCCGCAGCGCUUGGCGCGUUUCGAGGAGGAGUGCCGCAAGUACCACACACUAGUUAUCAAGGGUGUGCGCGUCUUCGAUGUGGCGGUGUUGGCACCACUGCUACGAGACCCGGCCCUGGACCUCAAGGUCAUCCACCUGGUGCGUGAUCCUCGUGCAGUGGCGAGCUCACGCAUCCGCUCGCGUCAUGGCCUCAUCCGUGAGAGCCUACAGGUGGUGCGCAGCCGAGACCCACGAGCUCACCGCAUGCCUUUCCUGGAGGCCGCGGGCCACAAGCUUGGAGCCAAGAAGGAGGGUGUGGGCGGCCCGGCUGACUACCAUGCUCUGGGCGCUAUGGAGGUCAUCUGCAAUAGCAUGGCUAAGACGCUGCAGACAGCCCUGCAGCCCCCCGACUGGCUGCAGGGCCACUACUUGGUGGUGCGGUACGAGGACCUGGUGGGAGACCCCGUCAAGACACUACGGAGAGUGUACGAUUUUGUGGGACUGUUGGUGAGCCCCGAAAUGGAGCAGUUUGCCCUCAACAUGACCAGUGGCUCGGGCUCCUCCUCCAAGCCUUUCGUGGUAUCUGCACGCAACGCCACGCAGGCCGCCAACGCCUGGCGGACCGCCCUCACCUUCCAGCAGAUCAAACAAGUGGAGGAGUUUUGUUACCAGCCCAUGGCCGUCCUGGGCUAUGAGCGGGUUAACAGCCCUGAAGAGGUCAAAGACCUGAGCAAGACCCUGCUUCGGAAGCCCCGUCUCUGAAAGGGGUUCCUGGGAGACCUGAUGCCCUGUGGUAAUACCUAUAAAGAGGAUUGUAGUGUGUUUAAACAAACACAGUUCAGACUCAAAUGGAGAAAACCCGCAUAGUCUAUUAUAGAUCCAUACAUAACCACACAGACACUUGCUGUCAAUGUUUUGAGUCAGUGCAUUUCAAGGAACAGCCACAACACACAGACACACACACCCCUCAGAAAAGGCAAGACUUGAACGUUCUGACCAGGUGCCCCUCUUCUUUCCUUUGCCUUCUCCCAUCCUGUUUCUCCUGUUUCUUACCCUGUCCCCUACCUGCCUUCCAUUUUGAAGUGGGAUGCUCAUGAAAUCAAGUUCCAGUAACCCAAAUCUUGUUUACAAAAUUUUCGUGGUAUCUGUGAACAUGUAAGAGUAAUUUGGAUGUGGAUGUGGGGGUGGGGGUGGAGAAAGGGGAAGUGGUCCAGGAACAAAAAGCCCCAUUGGGCAUGAUAAGCAGAGGAGGCUUUCUUCUAAAGUAGACUUUUGUGUAAAAAGCAGAGGUUACAUGUGAGUAUUAAUAAAGAAGAUAAUAAAUAAUAUUCUUUUU